UCAGUGCCACCUACUGUCAACAAGCUUUGUCUGAAAGAGUUAGCAGCCUGUAAUAUAAAUAUUGUGGAUGAUUGUCAAAAUCCUAUUGAGAUUCUUAUUGGGGCUGAUGUAGCUGGAAAACUCAUGACAGGUGGUCGUCGUGAGUUGCCUUGUGGUCUCGUAGCUAUUGAGACCAAAUUUGGAUGGUCAGUUAUGGGACGAAUGCCGAAUACUUCGAAAAGUGAGUUUUCAUCAUCGUUCUUAGUUACAUCCUUGUUAUCUACUGUGGAGACCAUAACAGAUCUAUGGACUUUGGACACACUUGGGAUCACUGACCCAUCAGUCAAGAAAAACCAGACUGAACUACAAGAAGCUGCUCGGUUACAUUUUCUAAAUACAGUUCGUAUAGUCGAUGAUCGUUUCGAGGUUGAUUUGCCCUGGUUGGAAUAUCAUCCACCACUAACAGACUAUUUUGACUUAGCCGAGAGAAGACUGAACAAAACUGUUAAACGUCUUAAAAUCGAGUCCAAUUAUGAAGCUUAUGGAGAUGUUUUCAAGGAAUGGCUAGAAGAGGGAGUAAUUGAAGAGGCUGAUAAAAAUUAUCAAGGGCAAGUUCUUUACCUUCCUCAUCGAGAAGUUAUCAAAAAGAAUAGCACUACAAAACUCCGACCGGUAUUUGAUGCUUCGGCCAAAGUAAAGGGAUUUCCUAGUCUUAAUGACUGCUUAGAAAAAGGCCCAAAUCUAAUAGAACAGCUUCCGAGUAUUUUAACACGCUUUCGAAAAGAAAAGAUUGGUGUUAUUGCUGAUAUACGAAGAGCCUUUCUUCAAAUAAGUGUUUCACCUACUGAUAGAGACUUUUUGCGGUUCUUAUGGCUUGAUAGUGAUGGUCAACUGAAAGUGUACAGGCACUGCCGUGUAGUUUUUGGUGUAGCAAGUAGCCCUUUUCUUCUAAACUCUACUAUUCAGCUUCACCUACAAACUGUUUUAGAGAAAAUAGAAACCGGUGAAUCCUUAUAUACGAAAGGUGUCAUUCAAAAACUUAUGCAUAGUUUUUAUGUUGACAAUUGUGUCAGUUGUGUUAAAAAUGAAGAAGAACUCAAUCAUUUUAUUAGUGUAUCAACUGAGGUAAUGGCUGAGAGAAAAUUUGAGCUUAGAGGGUGGGAGUUCAAUGAUAUUAAUGCUGAUGCUUCUGCUGAUACAAAUGUGCUCGGUUUAAUAUGGAAUAAAAAAUCUGACACUCUAAGAAUAAAUACUGGUAGUAUAAAAGAGUUAUGUUUUGAAAAAGUGACUAAGCGCUUAAUCUUAUCUACAGCUCAUAGAUUGUUUGAUCCUCUUGGUAUAUGUUGUCCUGUUAUCCUUAUCCCUAAGUUAUUACUUCAAGAAACUUGGAAGCAGAAGAUAACAUGGGAUGAAGAAGUUGAUACCUGUACGAGAACUACAUUUUUAAAAUGGUUGAAAGAUAUUGACUAUCUGGAAAAGAUCCAUUUUCCAAGAUAUUUUGGUUCAAGGAGUACGAGUGAAAAUACUUCAGUACAUAUUUUCUGUGAUGCCAGUAAGCAUGCUUAUGCCGUGGCUGCUUUCAUUCGUAUAAAAACUUUUGAUUCUACUAAAGUACAACUGAUACAAGCCAGGAGUAGAGUUACACCAACUGGAAAAGAAGAAAAAACUACUAUCGCGAGAUUAGAAUUACUUGCAGCUACUAUAGCGUCUCGCCUUUCGUCCUCGAUUUUGUCCGAGAUACAGAGUGAAGAAGUUUACUUCUGGACUGAUUCUACUGUUUUAUCAUGGAUAACGAGAGAAGAAGCCUGGAGUGUAUUUGUCCAGAAUAGGGUGAAGGAAAUAAGAAGACUAACAAAUAAAGAUUCUUGGAGACAUAUUCCUGGUUGCAUGAAUCCAGCUGAUCUUCCGAGUAGAGGUUGUUCAGCUCUCUCCUUAUUGAAAUCUCAGUGGUGGUUAGGUCCAAGUUGGCUUUACUUGCCUGAAGAAGAUUGGCCUAAAGGUGACUUAAAUUUAGAUGAGACUGAGAUUGUUAGAGAAAAGAAAAAGAGCAUAGUUUCUUCUGUAACUAAAUGUUUAGUUUCUGCAUGCUUGGUUACCAAGAGAGACUGGUAUUACAGAUAUUUUUCUCAAUACAAAAGGAUAGUUAAUCUAAUUGCCUGGAUCCUAAGAUUCACCUCCAAUUAUCGAACUGAAAAAAAAACAGUGAGAAAGCAUGGAAACCUUGAUUCUGAGGAAAUUUUUGAGGCUGAGAUAUUAUUGAUCAAAAUGGUUCAAGAAGAUUGUUUUGUGAAUGAAAAGGAUGAGAAAUUAAGAACUUUAGGAGUAUUCAAGGAUCAAAGUGGAAUCCUCAGACUAAAAACUAAACUUACCUUUCGUGAGGAUACAGAAGACUUUAAAACGCCAGCUAUUCUUCCAUCCAAUCAUGAGGUUGUCAAGAGACUAGUGCGAUACUAUCAUGAGAAAAAUGCACAUGCUGGUACUCAAAUUUUAAUAAAUAUUCUACGAGAGAGAUUUUGGAUUCUGAAUGCUCGUAAAACUGUGAGAUCUAUCAUCAAUCAAUGCACCGUGUGUAGAAGAUUUCUGCAAAAAAACUAG